AUGUAUGAAGCAAAAACUCAGCAUCAUUUUCUCUCAACAGAACAAUGGUGACGUCAUCAUGGCAUCACACGCCAUAUGUAUCAAUGGUGAAGAUAGUGGCAGUGAUGGUGCUGGGUGUGGUGGUUGUUGACGGCGCCACGGAACUCGAAUGCAACAAGAGCUGUAGCUGUUGGGUGAAGGGCGAAUUCUCGAAGGAAUAUCGUGUUAUCUGCAAUAACACCGUUGAUAAGCACGUGCGGCUAACCAGAAAGGUCUUCUCUGUGCUCUCCGUCCCCACCUUCUCCACCUACGUCCGAGUGGAGGAUGUGGAGUCCCUGAGUGUGGACGAGGCCUUUCUUGAGGAGUGGAGGUCGGAAUUCCACUCCUGCGCCCUUGACCUGUGGCAAGCGGGGAGUGUGGACUUCCCGGUGGUCACCUCUCGCCAUUUCGCUGAACCUUUGGGCUUCGAACACGUUUUCGCAGGGAUUGGCGUGAUCAACAGCACGCUGAACCACCUUCCUCCUGGGAUCUUCCGAGGCAAGCAGGAGGCGGGGCUGAGGCUGUGGCAGAGCUCCGUGGGCGUGUUUCCCCCCGGCCUCUUCCAUGGCGUGGGUACCCUGAAGUACUUAGCCCUUGUAUCCUCCCGCGUAGGUCUCUUCCAGGGACCUGUUGCGGGCGAGAACGGCAGCCUCUCGCUCGGAGGACCCAGCAAGGUGGCCGUCCAGGUGCUGGACUCGGACAUAGGGUUUCUCGGGCCCGGCGCCUUCGCCUUCGACUCCUCCGAAGUCAAGGAAGUGGAGCUCACCAACGUCACCAUUGGCAGCGUGGCAGUGGGCGGGGUGGACCUCUCAGGCCACGCCCAGCUGUCCAUCAGCAACUCCACGGUGUCGGACCUGCAGUCCGGCUCGCUGGUGCUCCGCGGCAGCAAGCUGACUAUCAUUAACAGCACGGUGGCGGCCCGGCCCUCGGCGCUGCAGGCCUUCCCCUGCUCCUACUUCAACAACCACAUCGUCUCCAACCACAUCCUCGUGUCGUCGCCCGUGCCGCUGCCGCUCGAGCGGGAGAAGGUCGUGACGGACGCGAACGGAACGGCGACGGCGACGCAGGACGACUUCUCGGGGCGGGACCUGGCCAGGUGGCUCCUGGAGGCCGUGCUGGACCCGAGCUGCGUGCCCUACAACCUGCCCGAGUGGGCGCGCUCCGAGGAGGAGGCCUUCCUGACCCUCCCCCCUCUCGAGUCGCCUCAGGUGCAGGACGUGCCUCCCAUCCUCCAUCUGGGGCUCUACAGCUUUGUGGGCAUCUCCAUGGUGGCGCUGGUGAUCGUGGUGAUCCUGGCGUGCCUUCUCGUCCGGGCCAAGAGGCGCCGCCCCGGGCACGAGCGGCGGACGCCGCCCAUCGUCCUGAGCCAGCUGCAGGAUUCCAUUUACGAGGAAGCGCCCUUCCUGGCUCAGAGUUGCACGCCCCCUCCCGUGCCUCCGCCCACGACGCUUCUGAGGGACAAACAGGACUCCGGGAACGCGAAGCUGAAGGGCAGUUGUGAGGGCGCCGCGGCCAAGCCCAAGGGCGCCGUAGACAAUGACUACAUGGUCAUGAAGGCCGUUUAGCCGCUCGGAAAUCCAAAGGUACAGAGAAAAAGUAAGAAUGCUUGAGAGAAAAGAGCGAGGGGGGGAGAGGGAGAAGAGAGGAAGGUGUUAUCAUAUUCCUUACGUCAAAACUACUAAUUAGAGUUUAGUCGUAAAUAAUGCACCAACAUGUUCGCUUCUGAUUGGUCUCUCCAAAGGUCAAUAUCAUCAAUAUUAUCCUCUUUUUUUAUUAUUAUCCUUUUUAUUUUAUUAUUAUUAUUAUUAUUGUUAUUAUUAUUAUUAUUAUUAUUAUUAUCAUCAUCAUUAUCAUUAACAUUCAUUAUCAUGUUAGUAUUAUUAUCAUAUCAUCAUGUUCUUAUCAUUAUUGUAUCACAAAAGUUAUCUUUGUUAUUCUUGUUAUCAUUAUUAUUAUCAUUAUUAUUAUCAUUAUUAUUAUUAUUAUUAUUAUUAUUAUUGUUAUUAUUAUGUCAUUAUCAUUAUGGCUAUUAUUAUCAUUUCAUUAUUAUGACAAUUAUUACUAUGAUUGCUACUAUUGCCACCUUUGUGUUAUUUGUGUUAUCAGUAUCAUUAUCAUCAUCACGUCAUCAUAAUCAUUAAUUUGUAAUAACCAUCAUUAUCACGAUCACCAUCGUCAUAAUCAUCAUCAUCAGUACUACCAUUGCUUUUGCUUUCCGUAAUGAUAUCUUCAUCAUUAUUAACAUUAAUUAUUGGUAUUAUCAGUGUGCAGACACACACACAUACAAACACACACACACUCUCUCUCUCUCUCUCUCUCACACACACACACACACACACACACACACACACACACACACACACACACACACACACACACACACACACGCACACACACACACUAUACCGUGUACAUAAAAAAAAUGUGUUAGACAUAGACUACGUGGCUGUUUGUAUGUAUAUGAAUAUACAUGUAAACACACACACACACACACACACACACACACUCACACACACACACACACACACACACACACACACAUAUAUAUAUAUAUAUAUAUAUAUAUAUAUAUAUAUAUAUAUAUAUAUAUAUAUAUAUAUAUAUAUAGUGUAUAUGAUGCACAUCCUGCACGACACACGUGUGUAUAUAUAAUUGCAAAUUCAGCUCAUAUAUUGUUUGGAAAUGGUUACAUAAGCUGUUGGUUUCCUUCUUGAAAGCCUUCAUGCACACCGACUAUUUACAGGAAUAUCUCUGUAACAGUGAUAAUUAAAUAAAUAACUAUAUU